UUCAUCGUUGGCUUCGAGGGGCCCAACGAUCCGUUGAACCCGCGGAACUGGUCGCUGACGAAGAGGAUGCUGUGCACGAUCAAUGUAGGGAUCAUUGCGCUGGUGGUGGGAAUGGCGGCGUCAAUUGAUGCGGCGGUGAUGAAGAGGGCGGCGGAGGAUUUUGGGGUGAGCGAGGUUGCGGAGGCUCUGGCGACUGGCUUGUUUCUUGCUGGCUUUGGCUUUGGCGCCCUGAUUGCUGGCCCCUUGUCGGAAACAGUCGGGCGCAACCCCGUCUACUUUGGCUCGCUGGCGAUAUACAUGCUCUUCCUCAUGGGGGCGGGACUCUCCAAGUCGUUGGGAGGGCAGCUCGUGUGUCGCUUCUUUGCGGGCUUCUUUGGAGAGUCGCCGCUGUCGACUGUUGGUGGUUCGAUUGGCGAUUUGUGGGAUCCCACGAAACGCCUUGUUGCGUUUCCCAUCUUUGCCGCUACUGGAUUAAUGGGACCAGUCCUGGGCCCCGUCGUCGGCGGCUGGAUCUCUCAGGCACACGACAUCUCCUGGCGCUGGACCGAAUGGGUCACCAUCAUCGUGUCCGGAGCUCUCCUCAUCUCGCUGCUCCUCUUCCAGCCCGAAACAUAUGAACCCGUUCUUCUCCAGUGGAAAGCCAGCCACCUCCGCCGCUUGACCAACGACACGCGUUACGUCUCUGCCGCAGAGAUAGAGCACGUCACGUUCCGCGCUCGCAUGAUGACGGCCGUCAAGAGGCCGUUCAUCAUGACCAUCCAGGAACCCACCAUCAUGCUCUGGACGGGCUACCUGACCGUCGUCUACCUCAUGCUCUUUGGCUUCCUGGACGGCUACACGUUUGUCUUCCAAGAGACGUACAACCUCUCGGACGGCAUCACGGGCACCAUCUUCGUCGGCAUCGGCGUCGGCCUGGUCCUCUCCUCGGCGGUCCUCACGCCCCUGCUGUACAAAUGGGCAAAGCAAGAACUCUCCAAGAUUCACGGCUCAUCCGAACCAGCCCGCAUCCCGCCCGAGUUCUUCCUCUGGUACGCCCUCAUCGGCGCUCCCGCCAUCCCCAUCUCCUUCUUCUGGAUGGGCUGGACGGCCUAUCCCCACAUCAGCAUCUGGUCGCCCAUCCUCGCCUCCGUGCUCUUUGGCUUUGGCAUGUUUUCUGUCUUUGUCUCGACGUACAUGUAUCUUAUUGAUACGUAUGAGGUGUAUGCGGCGAGCGCGCUGACGAUGAUUACGCUGGUGCGGUAUGUUGCUUCGGGAGGCAUGAUUGAGAUUUCGAUUCCGAUGUAUGAGAAUUUGGAGAUCCAUUGGGCGUUGACCAUGUUGGGGCUUAUUGCGCUGGUGUUUACGGCGGUGCCGUAUGCGUUUCAUAGGUUCGGGCCUUGGAUUCGGUCAAAGAGUCGGUUUGCGAAGCCAAAAUAG